AUGAACACAGAUAUUUACAAAUAUAAUCAUCAAUUAGCUAAACAAGCUGGUGAUUUAAUUAUACAAAUGUGGAAUAGUUCAACAUUAACAACAAAUGAUCAAUUUAUUAUAAGUAGUGUGAGAUCAUUGGAUUCGAAUAAUGCGAAUCUUCGAAUCAGCGUUGCUCCUAUCACACCAGAUACAGAAGCAUCGAAGCAAACGGCAGCGAUGGAGCGACAAUUGAAAACUACAGCUCUUGUUGAAGCUUCUAAAAUGAGAACAAAAAAGAUUAAAUUAUUUUUGGCGACAUAUUGUUGUCCCCAAGUUGGCACGGACCCGGAGAGAAUCUAUGAGCAAAUUUGUGAAAGUUUAAAAUGUGGUAAAAGGAGAUUGUAUUACUUAAUUCAACAUGCACGACACAACUGCUUGGUCCUUUUUCAAUUUAUCAACACCGAAAGUGGUGUAGUACAACUUUUUCAAUUACUCAAUGAGAUUAUACCAUCAGAAGAUCAUUGA